AUGGGAAAUCAAAUUGAGAUAGGAUUGAUAAAUGUAUCUCUGAUAUAACUUGGAGAGAGUAGAUAAUAGAUCUGGAGUUAAAACUGGGAUUUGGGAAAUUUACUGGAUAUAUGUUGAAAAAAAUAAUAAAAUGUAUCAAUUAACAAUUAUUAAUUAAUUAUUAGUGCUGGUGGUGAGUAUGAUAAAUAAGGAAACAAAAUUGGAAAAUGGAUUGAAUAAUCUGAUAGAUUUAGAUAUGGGAAUUAAUCCACCUCAGAAGGAAAGUAUAAUAAACAAGGUGUGAGAGUGGGAAUGUGGGACAUAUAUUUGAAAAAUGAUGGAAAAAAUAAUAAAAUGUAAAAAUACAGCAUUUUUAUAUAGCGGAGGAGGGGAAUAUGAUGAACAAGGACGAAAAAUUGGAAAGUGGAUUGAAUAAAGUAAUGAAUUUUAAUCUGUUAAUUAAACUACUUGGAUUGGAGAAUACAAUAAUAAAGGAGUGAAAACUGGUAUCUGGGACAUAUAUUAAAAUAAUAAAGGAAAUAAUAAUAAAAUGUUAUUAUACUAACAAUAUUAUUAGUGGUGGGGGUCGAUAUGAUGAACAUGGUAAUAAAAUUGGAUUAUGGAUUGAAUAAAAUGAUGGGUUUUGGACUGAUAAUUAGUCCACUUAUACUGGAGAAUAUAAUGUAUGGGGGAGUUAAAGAUGGAAAAUGGGAAAUAUUUUGGAGAUAUGA